AUGGGGAUCCGCAGGAAAUCUCGGAAGAAGAGCGCAAAGACGCGAAGCAGUUCGUCUUCCUCGUCGCCUUCUCCCACGGAGCAUCCUGCCGGAGAGCAAAACCAGUCGGGUCCUGAGGCAAACGGCGACGCACCUGAGCAUCCCCCCGAGCCUCAAGAGGCACCGGCGCUUCGCCUGCCGCUGUCGUCGCCUCUCGACCAAACCGCCGAGUUUCAGUCCCGGCUGUUGCAGCAAUUGUUCCUCCAGCAAAACAUGCUUCACCAGCAAAUUUUAACUCAACAAGAAGAAAUGAAAAGACAGUGGGAGCAUCAGCGCGAGUGGGAGAGAGAGCAAGAGGAGAGGCUCGCCGGUGUAUGUACAGCUCAGGCAUCCAGAGGGAGAAGCAUGGCGAGUGAAGGCGGAGACGGGGCUUCCGAAGAAUGCAGGAAGGAACAGAGGCAGGUGGAGAAAGAUGCAAGGCAGAGAGAGAAAGAAGAGACGAAUAACGCUCGCGAGGAAGACGCGCGAACCAAGGCAGAAGGGAGCACCGACGACGGCCGAGGCGAGGACGAGAGAGUCAGGCAAGAAGCAAGAAGCGACAGAGAGGAAACGUUAGUCGCGAAGAUUAAAAUGCUCGAGGCCCAGCUCGAGGCGAUGCAGGCGAAACACGAGAAAGAGCGGAGAGACGAAGAACGGAAACAGGAAGAGCGGGAGAAUCAGGAAGACGAAAAACAGGAGCACGAACGCGAAGAACAAAUCUUGUCGAGACUUGAAUUCUCAGUUGCUUACUGUUCUUCUUUCGAACCUCCCUAUACACCCGAAAUGCUCACACCCGACGGCUCACGAGCAGGUGGAAAAGGAUGGCGAUCCGCGCCGCACUGCUCGUACCCUCAAGAAAUCGGUCUCGCUCUCGCAUCGCCCGCGCAAAUCAAGUUCCUUCAGCUCCUCUCGCACGAGUCGAAGAUUGCGAGGAAAAUCGAGCUCUGGGUUGCUUCGCCUACAGACGUUCCUCGUCCUUCUUCCUCUCCCUCCUCUCCUUCCGCUCCCUAUUCCCCUGUUUCCUCGUCUUCUCUGUCUGAGGCAUAUCGGCGAGCGUCUUUUACUCGACUCGGCUACCUGCGCUUCAGCGCAAAUGCGGAGUCUAGACACCGUGCGCGAGAGUUGAAGAGCGUGAAUUUGCCUCGCUUUACAGAUUGCCUCUUCAUCAAACUGCUAUUUGUCGGUCCUCAUUGCCUGCCGGAGGUGAACUCGAGCUUUCAAGUGAGUUUAAUCGCGGUAAACUGCCUAGGUCGGCCAUUGCCGGGAACACUUGCCUCGCUGCUGGACUUGCCUCAUGUAAAUCCCGAGGAAGCGAAGACGAUUGAGCACGACUUCAAAGCUCCCCUCGGUCCUCGCCGCCCCGUCUCGUCUCUGUCCUCCCGCGAUCAACGCCGCGAGAAAUCGCCAUCUUCUUUGCUUUCCUGUUCUCUUUCUGCGCCGCCUCCUCGCGCCUCGCCUCUCGGACACGCCUCCCGUGGCGGUCGUCCUCCUUCCACUUGCGUCGCGGUUUGCUCGUCCCGACCGAAACAGCCUCUGAGUGUCUAUCUCGCGGAGAAAGAGAAUCUCCUUUCCUCUGCGAAAAAGAAGUUCGUCGAGGAAGAAAACUUUGCCGCUGCCGUUCUCGUUCGCCAGGCGCUCGAGAAACUCGCAAAAGCGAAACCCCACAUUGUCGAGUUGGAGAAAACAGAAGAGGAUGCGGCAGCCCGGGAAGCAUUUGAGGAGGCCAGGCGGGCGAAGGCUGAACUUCUUUCGUGGCAACUCUGUGUGAAGAAAACCGUCGCAGCUGCGCUUUGUUGCCCAGCUGAUCCGAUCACCCAGGCAGAAGAGCGAGAGGAGAAGACGCCGCUAAAAGACAAGCACCUCAUUGAGCAUCUUGCACAGAAGCUUCCGUCGUCUUCCUCGUCCCAACUUUUCCGUCCCGACUCGGAAACCCUCUCUUCCGAGGCUUCUCCCCUCUGUCCCUGCGACGCUCGUCGUCUUCGUGAGGAAGAAAAAUCUUACCGCGCCGUUCCCGUCAAAGUGUCGAGCGCCGGAGUUUCUGAAAGCGAAGCAGAACGAGAAGGCCGCACGAACGGCUUCCCUACUCUCUCUCCUGAUGACAUGCCCAUUCGCCCGAUGCACGCAGAUCAACAGAGACAGCUCCUGUUGCUGGAAUCUCCAGAGCGCGACGCCUCCCAAACCCACGAGACGCCGAGCUCAGUGAACUUCGUAGGGCAGAUAAGGUCGGAAGAUGUGGACUCUGCCUCGCUGCUGUCUCCCUUCUUCCCCCGAGAUGUCGUGUGUGCGCUGUUCGCCGCGGACACUCCAACGCGUUCCGCGGCGCAAGAGGCCGUUGCUCGAGAGUUGGAGUCUCACCCCGAGAUGAUCACCGGAGAACUCUUUGUUGCUUUAUGCCCGAUCCUCCAACGCGCGUUUGCAGAUAAGACGCUCAAGCUCUGUGGUCUCUACGCUACCCCAGUCCCUGUCGUCGACCUGAUUUUGUUGUCUCUCCAGAUUUUCCUCGGCGGUGCGCACCUCCUCUCGCUGUUCCUGGAGUCCCCGAGCCUUGCGUCUCGCCAGCUUCUUUCUCCACCCUUCCGAGGCGUGCGCCAGGAACUUCUUCUCCGCGUCGGCGGCGUUUUCUCAGAGCGCGCUCGAAGGCUCCUACUCCUCCUCUGCAAGUCUCAUCCGGAAGUCGCUGGCGUGCUUGCAGGCGAAGUCUUUGAGCGUUUGACCGCCGCCGGGAGGUCGCAAGCGCCUCCGAAGGACGCACCGAGCUUCGCGGCGUCGCGCAGUCUCGGCGGAACGCCCACGACCGAGCGCAAAGAAGAGGACAAACGGAGACAGGGCGAGAGCCGGGGCCGCGGCAGAGGCGGCUUCCGACCAGAGACAAACAUGAGAAGUCGAGGCGAUCCAGCGGCUGGACACGCUCCCGUCCCUCAAAAGUAA